UAAUUUAUAACUGCGUAAUAAAUUGUGUGGUAAUGAUUGGCUAAAAUAGCGGUCACCUGAUUCUGUCUUUUCCAAGAAAAUAACCAGUUUCAGUUUCGAUUUCCUGCUUACAAAGGUAUUCAAGCGACAAAAUGCUGGGGUUUUGUAUUUAGGCAUUAAUACAACACUGUUCUUGCUCUUUUAGAUUUACAGGAUGUGAGUCCAGGAGAUGGAAGUGCUUGAAAUUUGAGGUGGUGGUGGUGGCAUGAUGGCAAGCAAUCCUGGUGACGUGGAUGGGACUUUAAAGAAGGCAAGUAAAGUUCCACUUCCUAAUGACCCAGAGGAGACAUGGGAUAGUCGGGAACCUUCUAAUCACGAACAAUCAGAAACGAUGGCAGCUGACAGUUUGAACAUCAGUAAAGAUCAAGUUAAAGACCUGUCAGAAUGGGAAAAAAAGUGUCCAAUUACUUUUAAUUAUAAACAAGUUGUUGCCUGUACGGAAAUUCAUUCAUUUUCAGACACAGAAUAUUUAGAUUUUAAUUUUUUUUACUGGAUACACUUAAAAAAGACAGAUCAUAUUAAAGACAUUGAAAGACAAUUAAUGACCAGUAAAACAACCAUAGAUGUUGCAUCAAAUAACAGUAUCACCACUGAAUGUGGCACAUUUUGUGAAGGUUUAUGGAUUCCUGAUUGGAAACAGUUUGUCAGAAAUAUUAUUACAAGCAAGCUAAACUUGUUUUCACACAGAAAAGUGGGAAUUGGACAUGCCCAUGAAGUUGUUGAUUAUUUCCAGAAAAAUGUUGAUAGUUUAUUGGAUAUACAGACAAUAUCUGUAAUAUUUGUUCAAGGUGCAAUGUAUAUUAUUACUGAAAAGAAUCUUCUUGAUGAUGCUGAAAAUCGAGUCAUUAAUACAUUACAGAAGAUAUGGGAUGAUUUUGAAAAUACACACACAGAAGGUCUUAGUUAUGCAGUUGAUGGCAAACACACCCAAGAAGAUCUUAGUCAUGUUGGUGGAGAGCUUAAUCACCCAGUUGAUGACAAACACACACUAGGAGAGCUUGAUGAAGUGGUUGGUGACAAACACACACAAGAAGAUCUUAGUUGUGUUGGUGGAGAGCUUAAUCACCCAGUUGAUUACAAACACACACAAGAAGAUCUUAGUCAUGUUGGUAGAGAGCUUAAUCACCCAGUUGGUGACAAACACACACAAGAAGAUCUUAGUCGUGUUGGUGGAGAGCUUAAUCACCCAGUUGGUGACAAACACACACAAGAAGAUCUUAGUCGUGUUGGUGGAGAGCUUAAUCACCCAGUUGAUUACAAACACACACAAGAAGGUCUUAGUCGUGUUGGUGGAGAGCUUAAUCACCCAGUUGGUGACACACACACACAAGAAGGUCUUAGUCGUGUUGGUGGAGAGCUUAAUCACCCAGUUGGUGACAAACACACACAAGAAGGUCUUAGUUGUGUUGGUGGAGAGCUUAAUCACCCAGUUGGUGACAAACACACACAAGAAGAUCUUAGUCGUUUUGGUGGAGAGCUUAAUCACCCAGUUGGUGACAAACACACACAAGAAGGUCUUAGUCGUGUUGGUGGAGAGCUUAAUCACCCAGUUGGUGACAAACACACCCAAGAAGAUCUUAGUCAUGUUGGUGGAGAGCUUAAUCACCCAGUUAGUGACAAACACACCCAAAAAGAUCUUAGUCGUGUUGGUGGAGAGCUUAAUCACCCAGUUGAUUACAAACACACACUAGGAGAGCUUGAUGAAGCGGUUGGUGACAAACACACACAAGAAGAUCUUAGUUGUGUUGGUGGAGAGCUUAAUCACCCAGUUGAUUACAAACACACACAAGAAGAUCUUAGUCGUGUUGGUGGAGAGCUUAAUCACCCAGUUGGUGACACACACACACAAGAAGGUCUUAGUCGUGUUGGUGGAGAGCUUAAUCACCCAGUUGGUGACAAACACACACAAGAAGGUCUUAGUCGUGUUGGUGGAGAGCUUAAUCACCCAGUUGGUGACAAACACACACAAGAAGGUCUUAGUCGUGUUGGUGGAGAGCUUAAUCACCCAGUUGGUGACAAACACACCCAAAAAGAUCUUAGUCGUGUUGGUGGAGAGCUUAAUCACCCAGUUGAUUACAAACACACACUAGGAGAGCUUGAUGAAGCGGUUGGUGACAAACACACACAAGAAGAUCUUAGUUGUGUUGGUGGAGAGCUUAAUCACCCAGUUGAUUACAAACACACACAAGAAGAUCUUAGUCGUGUUGGUGGAGAGCUUAAUCACCCAGUUGGUGACACACACACACAAGAAGGUCUUAGUCGUGUUGGUGGAGAGCUUAAUCACCCAGUUGGUGACAAACACACACAAGAAGAUCUUAGUCGUUUUGGUGGAGAGCUUAAUCACCAAGUUGGUGACAAACACACACAAGAAGAUCUUAGUCGUGUUGGUGGAGAGCUUAAUCACCCAGUUAGUGACAAACACACCCAAAAAGAUCUUAGUCGUGUUGGUGGAGAGCUUAAUCACCCAGUUGAUUACAAACACACCCAAGAAGAUCUUAGUCAUGUUGGUGGAGAGCUUAAUCACCCAGUUGGUGACAAACACACCCAAGAAGAUCUUAGUCGUGUUGGUGGAGAGCUUAAUCACCCAGUUGGUGACAAACACACCCAAGAAGAUCUUAGUCGUGUUGGUGGAGAGCUUAAUCACCCAGUUGAUGACACACACACCCAAGAAGAUCUUAGUCGUGUUGGUGGAGAGCUUAAUCACCCAGUUGAUUACAAACACACACAAGGAGAGCUUGAUGAAGUGGUUGAUGACAAACACACACAAGGAGAGCUUGACAAAGCAGUUGAUGACACACACACACAAGGAGAGCUUGAUAAAGCAGUUAAUGACAAACACACACAAGGAGAGCUUGAUAAAGUGUUUGAUGACAAACGCACACAAGGAGAGCUUGACGAAGCAGUUGAUGACAAACACACACAAGGAGAAUUGAGUAAGUGUGGUAAACACAAAUGCAAAAAAGAAAGCUUUAGUAGUGGUGAAUACAUGAAUUAUUUGAUAAAGCUUAAUCAUCAACAAAUUAAACUUUGUGAAAGUCAAUCUGUUAAAGCUUUUGUCAUAACUGAAAUGAAGAAAAAUAAUCUUGACAUUGUGUUUGAAGAUGAAGUAACAGUUUCUAUAAAAGUUAAAGAUGAGUCUGUUGGGGAAAAAGCUAAACAUGUGUUUUCAGAAUUGUUUGUAUCUUAUGUUAUUGAUGUAAACAUUAACAAACCAACUAAUUUUUUAACAAAUGACUUUGUACAGUUGCUUAAAAAAAUAAGAAGAGAUGGAAAACUGUAUGUAGAAUUAAAUAAUAAUGUUAUAACACUUGUUGGAACCAAAGAUAUUGAUGCGAGUUUGUGCAGCUUACUGAAGAAAGUUAUGAAUGAUUGUAUUGCAGAUGAUAUUUUGUUGCCAGCAGACUUUGACAUGGACAUGAUUCAACAUUUGAAAACUAAGAUUCUAGACUUGUUGCAAGAAGAAUAUCUAGUUAUUAUUGAGCCAUUUACAAAGGAUGACUGUAAUGGAUUUACCUUAAAGGGCAUUGGGCGUGAUGUUCAGAAUGUGAAAACAGGUGUCAGCAAAAUGGUGGAUGAAAUGUUAGAAGAACAAAAUAGUACAACGACAGAUACUGGUGCUACCACCACUGCAGUGAAAUGCCACUCUCUAAAAUUACAGUUUUUACAUUCGUGUCAAGCAGCCAAACUAGACUUCAUCAACAAACUGAAGGAAAUGGGAAUGACAAUUUUGAGUUUUGAUAUUUCUUCAUCUGUUAUUCAUUUUGAACAAGGCAUCAGUCCAGGGACAGUUCAGUCUUCACUAAAUCAAUUUGUUGUUAUAGACAGUCACAGUUUGCAAAAUCCUAAACAUUUAACUGUAAAAGAUAUUCAGGACAAACUUGCUGCAGACCAGUCUUUGGAUGGUUUACGGUAUGAUAUCAUUCCCACUGAUGAGCAAGGAGGUAAUGUGUUUUAUCUUGUAGUGAUAGCUGGUGACCAACAUGCAGUACUGACAUCUAAACUGAAAGAAAUUUUAGACAAUUACUCAGAACAUGAAGAAUUCUUUCCUCUUUCAGAUCACCAGAUUACUUUUUUGAAAGAAAAAAAAAAAGUACAAAUCAAAACAAUAGAUAAAGAUACAAAUGUUCGAAUAAAAUGUUCUACAGAUCGGAAUGGUUUCACUUUGCGUGGUUUGAAAUUAGAAACCCAAGUUGCAGUACAAAAGUUGAAAAGUUUGAUGACAGACAUUGAAAAUGAGAUGGUAGAAGUUGAACUUAAAGAAAGUGUGUCGCAGUUAUUACUGAAAAGUGAAGAGGCUCGAUUUGAAACUGAAAAUAUUCUCUUUAAAGAUGGCUUUUUAUGCAAAUGGUGCCUUGAAGAAAAAGCUGUUAGAGUACUGUGUUUUCAUAACAAUUGUAUUGAGGAUUUUGAAAAAAGAUUAAUUGAAAUUAUUAAGGUGGAGAAAGUGCCCAUUGGAAGUGAAACUGAGUUGAAUCUUUUUCAGGUAGUAAGUGAUAUUCAAAAUGAAAGAAACCUUCAUGGUGGAAAGGUAUUGAUAAUAUUUCAGAAAAAGUCAAACAAAAUCAUUAUCACUGGAACUUCAGAUAUAAUGGAACAAACAUUAGCAGUUGUAAAGAAAACAUUGAACAGUUCACAAAAACUGGAGGUUGCACAACUUGUUCCAGAUCUCAGAAUAGCAGAUGGAUCAAGAGAAUCAAAAAAAGAUAUAUCAGUUGUUACAAAAAAUACUUCAUCAGAUGGACUAAAACAACCAAAAAAAGAUAUAUCAGUUGUUGUCUCAAACAAUACUGCAUCAAAUGGACCAAAAGAAUCAGAAAAUAAUGUAUCAUUUGCUGCCUUAAGGAAUACUACAUCAGAUGGUGAAAAACCAAAAACACAGGAGACUGUAAUAGCUUCACCAUUUGAAGAGUCGAAGAAGCUUACAACAAAGAUCAGUGCAUAUUCUCAUGUUACUGGCAAUGUUAAAGGGGAAAAUCUGCAGAUAUAUAACUUAGAUGAAAAUGCCCUCAAAGAAACAGAUGCUAAACAUAAAUAUGCUAGGAGUCCAGUUCUAGAUGAACAAACACCAAAAGAAUCUGUUGUGAAAACAAUGACCACCUUUACCAACAAAUCUGUGCAAGAAUCUAGCAUACCCUCUCAAAGCAAUGUGCUGGUUGAUGAUAAUAAAAGCAGAUCUAAAUUAGAGUUCUCUGUUCCGAUUAAUAAACUGGCUGCAUCAGAUUUGCUGAGUCCUGAUGGAAAACCCCUGCUCUCUAGUGUCGAGGAAAAGCAUAAUUGCAGAAUUGAAAUUGAUGGAAUGUCUCAACAUGGUCAUAAAUCAGAUUCUGUCAUCAAAAAUCAGGAAAUGGCUGCUUGGUAUUCACCAAAUGGUGUGUGUGUUGUUGCUGUGAAGGGAGAUAUGUGGAAGAUGAAAGCUGAUGUGCUACUUUGUCCAGUCCAUGACGCAACGCAGAACCUUCAGGAACUCAUUCCAGCUGACUUUUUAAAAGGUGAAGAAUUUUCACAAUGUCAGAAAUGUGUGAAAAGCUUGGAUAAAAAGACAGUGGAAUUUGUUCAAGUGAAAAACCAGAGAUGCAAGUGUCUUGCAUUUACACUGAUUCCAAGACCACAAAACAAAAACAAAACUGUCAGCAUUGAUACAAUUAACCAGACAUUCAAAGAAGUGAUGGACAAAAACUUUACAUCAGUUGCGUUUCCUACUACUGUUGAUGUCCAUCUUGUCAUACAGUGUGUAAAAGAUCUGCUGUGUACGAAAUCAUCUCAGCAGAUUCUGAAAAAUAUAUAUAUUUUAUUGGAAUAUGACCAUGAAUUGCAACAUCUGAAAUCUGUGAUGGACAAGAAAUGCAACAAGUGGGACAUGACAGAUUCAACAGUACAGCCUAUUUCUAGAAUUUCUGUGAUAAUUGGUGAACUUGCAAAACAACAGGUGGAUGUUUUGGUAAAUUCAACAAACUGGAAACUGGAUUUAUCUCAUGGGAUGGUUUCAAAGUCCAUAUUAGAGCUAGCUGGACAACAAGUUCAAGAUGAAUGCUACAGAUUUUGCCCAAAAGGAAUUGAAAGUGGCUGUGUAGUGAAAACAUCAUCAGGCAAAUUACGGACAUGCAAGGCCAUUUUUCAUGGGGCACUAGAAGAAUACAAGGAAAACUACCAGUAUUGUACUUCUAUAAUGGAAAGUUUCAUCUAUUCAUGUUUGAGUACAGCCAGUGGUCAAUUCGUUUCAAGACCAUUGCAUUUCCUGUUCUUGGAACUGGGAAUUUAAAGUUCAAGCCUGAACUGGUUGUGAAGAUCAUGUUUGAUACUGUUGAAAUGUUCCUUGCUGGAAAUCCAAGAAGUUCUUUGGAUGAAAUUUGUUUUGUACUCUACCACAAAGAUGUGGAAACU